AUGGGUCCAGUCUGUUCUGCCAGAAAACAUAAAGCAAAAACUCUAAAAUAAAAUGAUGAAUUUAGAACCACCAAUUAACCAGGUUUAGAAGCUACAUCUUUAGCAGGAUAAUCUCUUCCUUUAGAAAUCAAAAAUUAAUCUAACUUAGAAUAAUUGGUAUAAGAUCUUAUGUAGCUCUUUAAAAGAUUCUCAAUGUUUUUUGAUCUUGUUGGCAAUCUAGAUUAACUUCCAUAAUUAACUAGAGAUAAACUUAAUAAUUGCAUUAUAAUCAAAUAAAAUAUUUCUAUUAUCAUCCAAAAUAAUGUGAAAAGAGUCAUGAGAGAAUAACAAAUCAUUAAACGAAUUGAUGAAUCAGAUUAUUAUAUUAUUUAUAAUGAUCGAAAAUUUGCUACUACAUUCAACUAAUUGAUGUCUAAAUUGGCUAAUGUCAUAUUAACUGAUCUUAAACCAGAUGAAGAUUUUUAAUCUGCUUUUCCAAUCUUAGCAGUUUCAUUUGAGGAGGAAGCCUAAAAAAUUAAUAAUAUAGUUGAAAAGUUUAAAAACAAUAUAAUUUUUUCAAUUCGAAAAGGAAGUUCAUAACAUUCACUCUCUAUUCCAUAAUAAUAAGCAAAUAGAAAAUCUUCCCAAUAAUGA